AUGAUUAAUGAUAAAUCAAAACCAAAUAAUACUAAAUCAGAUAUACGUCAACUUACUGAAGAAGAAAAACAGCAAGAUGAAGAACGUCAGAAAUUAGUUGAACAACAACUGUUUUAUAAUAACAUAAGAAAUAAGUUUGAUGAUGUUCAACAACAAAAGAAACCAAAAGCUAAAAUUAUUGAUAUAAACAAUUUCAACAAUAAUGACCUUGGUAAAUUAAAUGAUAAGAUAUCUAAGGAUAGAGCAACUACUGAUCUAGAUAGUGAUAUUGAUUUCUUGUUAGGUAUAGAAGGGAAAAGCAAUGAGUCAGCUGAUACAGCAGGAAAUAGUUCCAAGAAAGAACUUGAUUUCUUGGAUGAACUACUAGGAUAG